UGACACGCCCCUUUUUUGGCGACUCACGUGGAGUCACAACAAAAGUUAAAAUCUGAAUUUUUGUUGUAUAUAUUUUUUUUUACUUAAACUCAAAAUCUGACUAAAUUUUCUGCAAAGUUUUUAAUCAUGGAUGAUAGGAGCAGAACUGACAACGUUGAGUUUAACGAUGUGCAACUCAAAUUCAUCGAAAUUAUGCGCCACGAUCUUCGCACUGUCGAGGAACGAAAUAAUUUUCUCCUCUGGAUUGCAGAUUUUAAUGUCAAUUCGUGUAAAUCAGGACAAACGGACAUUCGCAAACCGGAAAUAGACAGCAGGCUUGAUGAAAUUGUCAAGGAUAUAAGAAAAAGGGUGCCGGAAUUUUCAACUUUUCCUUCGGAAAAAAUCGUAGUUCCAACAACUGGAGAUAAUAGUGACUGCCAACCAGAAACCACUGUGCACGUUGACGGUUUUCUGUACAAGGAUGCUGACAUUGAUGUGCUUGCGGAGGAGGGAGAGUUGCAAAGAGAUUACUGUCUCGAUUGCGGGAGCAGAAACGUUGCACCUCUGACUUUUAUUUCUCAUUCGAUGUCUCGAGAAAAGCUUGAUUUUGUUUUCAAUGUGAUGCUUCCUCCGAAUUUUGUCAAAAAGAUUGUUGGCUCAGAAAACUCUUUAUGCCCUUGUUUGCUUGAUGUGGGGUCUCGACACGGCGGAACUUUGUACUCGGCCUACCUCCAUAGUGAUAUCGAGAAGAUAGUCGGUGUGGAAAUGAACAAAGAUUUCUGUAGUUUACAACGAGAAAUUUGCAAGAAACAUAGAAUGCAGGACCGCGUAACAAUUGUUGAGGAUGACAUUUCAAAUCAAAAGGAAAAGGUGAAGGAGGCCAAACUUAUUUUCCUCAACAAUCCGUUUGAGUUUUUCCUCAGCAUUGACGAACAGAAGCAAAUAUGGUUGUUUUUGAAAGAAAAUAUAACUGCUGGAACAACUUUAAUUUGCGUUCCAGAUUUGGAGACCACAUUUGACAAAUUAGAGAUGAAAAGCGAGCUUCAUUCCUGGGUUAAAAAGCUGGAGCCGCAUAAUUCACUUGCGGCAUGUGGAGCUGAUGAGGAUUUUGCAGAUUUGCACAUGUAUCGAGUUUUGUGAAAUAAGUUAAUAAAAAUCUUAUUUUUUCUUUA